AUGAUGGGGCGGUGUAGCUCAGGCAUAUGCGGAGCCCUGGCUCUCCUGGCACUCCUGCUCCCCUUGCGGCAGAGGGGCUGCUGGGGGCUGACUCCCGGCUCUGGGGACCUGGAGAAGUCCCCAGCCUCUGAUCCAGACCCCUGGGAGGUCCUGCACAGGAACAAACGCAGCUGGGUGUGGAACCAGUUCUUCGUAUUGGAGGAGUUCACAGGGAACGAGCCGCUCUACGUUGGCAAGCUGCACUCGGACGUGGACAAAGGAGACAGCAAAGUGAAGUACGUGUUAUCCGGCGAGGGAGCCGCCUCCAUCUUCACCAUCGACGAGAACACGGGAGACAUCCACGCCACGAAGCGUCUGGAUCGGGAGGCCCAGGCCUACUACACCCUCCAGGCUCAGGCUGUGGACAGAAACACCAACUUACCCGUGGAGCCGAGGUCGGAGUUCGUGGUCAAGGUCCAGGACAUCAACGACAACGAGCCCAAGUUCCUGGACGGGCCGUACUUGGCAGGAGUACCUGAGAUGUCUCCCUUAGGAACCAUGGUGGUGCAAGUGGCAGCCACGGAUGCAGAUGACCCGACGUACGGGAACAGCGCCAGGGUGGUGUACAGCAUCGUGCACGGACAGCCCUACUUCUCCGUGGAGCCCAAAACAGGGGUCAUCAGAACAGCUCUGCCCAACAUGGACCGGGAGACGAGGGACCAGUACGUGCUGGUCAUCCAGGCCAAAGACAUGGUGGGCCAGAUGGGAGGCCUCUCCGGCACCACCUCUGUCACCGUCACGCUCACAGACGUCAACGACAACCCGCCUCGCUUCACUCACAAGAGCUAUCAGUACACGGUGCCGGAGUCCCUGCCGGUGAGAUCGAGGAUCAAGGCGGCGGACGCGGACAUUGGCUCCAACGCGGAGAUGGACUACCGGAUCAUGGACGGGGACGGGCCUGGAACCUUCAACAUCACAACAGACGAUGCCACACAGGACGGGGUGAUCGUCCUGCUGAAGCCUCUGGACUACGAAACAAAGAGCAGCUUCUCCCUGAGAGUCGAGGCCACGAACAGGAACAUUGACUCCAACUUCUUGACCUCGGGCCCGUUCAGCGACACCACGUCGGUCAAGGUGACGGUGGAGGACGUGAACGAGCCGCCCGUCUUCUCCUCGCCGCUCAGCAGGAUGGUCAUCUCGGAGGACGCCAAGGUGGGCACCUCAAUCGGGAGGGUCUCCGCCCACGACCCGGACACCUCCAACAGCGCCAUCAGGUACUCCAUCGACAGGAACACGGACCUGGAGCGCUUCUUUAACGUGGACGCCCUGAGUGGGAUCAUCAGCACGGCCAAGCCCCUGGACCGCGAGGCCAACUCGGUCCACAACCUCACCAUCUUCGCCAUCGAGAGCCAGGACCCGACCCAAAUUGGAAAAGGCCUCACUCUCAUCACCGUCAUGGACAUAAACGACAACGCACCGGUCUUUGCCAUCGACUAUGAAACCCUCCUGUGUGAGAACGCCAUGCCAGGACAGGUGAUCCAGACCAUCAGCGCGGUGGAUAAGGACGAACCUCUGAGCGGACACCGAUUCUACUUCGCCCUCGCUGCACCUGUUGCCGGAAACCUCAACUUCACCCUGCGAGAUAACAAAGACAACACGGCGUCCAUCCUGACGAAGCGCGGCGGCUUCAGGAGACGGGAGCAGGCCGUGUACCGGCUGCCGGUGCUCAUCGUGGACAGCGGCAGCCCCGCCCUCAGCAGCACCAACACGCUCUCGGUGCGGGUGUGCGACUGCGACUCGGACGGCGUGGCCCUGUCCUGUGGAGCCGUGGCGUACACGGCCACCGGCCUGAGCACCGGCGCCCUCCUGGCUAUCUUAGGCUGCAUCAUCACGCUGCUGGUCAUGGUCCUGCUCAUUGUGACGAUGCGUCGGAGGAAGAAGGAGCCUCUGAUCCUGGAGGAGGAGCGGGACAUCCGGGAGAACAUCGUCCGCUACGACGACGAGGGCGGCGGCGAGGAGGACACGGAGGCCUUCGACAUGGUGACCCUGCGCAACCUCAACGUCAUCAGAGACCCCACCCUGCGGAGGGACGUCACGCCGGACACGCCCACCUUCUUCCAUUACUCCUCAGCCUCUCGCCCGUCCUAUAAGUCCCUGCCAGACAAUGUGGUGUUCCGGGAGUUUAUCUGGGAGCGGCUGAAGGACGCGGACGUGGACCCGUCGGCCCCCCCGUACGACUCCCUGCAGACGUACGCGUUCGAGGGCAGCGGCUCGGUAGCGGAGUCACUGAGCUCACUGGAGUCGCUAAGUACAGACUCAGACCAGAACUAUGACUAUCUGAGCAACUGGGGGCCGCGCUUCAAGAAGCUGGCCGACCUGUACGGCAACAGCGACGGCACCAGUGUCUUCUCAUAG